GGGGGCGCGCACGGCGGGAGCGGGGGCGCGCACGCCGUUGCCAAGCGGCGAGUUCCGGCCGCCGUAGCUCAAGACAAAAGGAAGGAGGAACGUACUAAAAUGUCACCUGAAGUUGCCUUGAACAGAAUUUCUCCAGCGCUCUCUCCCUUCAUUUCCAGUGUGGUCAGAAAUGGAAAAGUAGGAUUGGAUGCUACUAAUUGUUUACGGAUUACAGACUUGAAAUCUGGCUGUACGUCCCUGACCCCUGGACCCAGCUGUGAUCGGUUUAAGCUACAUAUCCCUUAUGCUGGAGAAACACUCAAAUGGGAUAUAAUUUUCAAUGCCCACUAUCCUGACCUGCCACCAGAUUUUAUCUUUGGAGAGGAUGCUGAAUUUUUGCCCGAUCCUUCUGCCUUGCAUCUAGCAAUGGUGUCCAGAAAAACAAAAGCUGUUAUUGCUGUUAAUACUAGGAGUGUGUGUGCUCAGACACUCCCCUCGAAGAAGAAUGCAGUCACCCAGGUCUCUGGGUGUGCUGAGUGUCUGAGCCUGGCGUUGGUACCGGAGGAUGGUGUAGGAGGUAGCUGUGUACGAUGCGAGCAG